ACCCCACCCAAGGACCACGCACGUCUUACAAGGUCAUGGCCUCGAGCCAAACCCAAACCAGACCGGACCCUCCGAGCAGACAGCAUAGGAAGCGAGAAGACAGAGACGGGAGCCUCGCCGCCGACGCCGACGGGCAAGAUGCAGCGCGCGUCCCUUGCGUCCGCUCUGCUGCUCUGCUCCUUCUUCGCGCAGCCGUCGCAGGCGCUCCUCGACGGCACGCGCGGCGCCGGGGCGUACAUUUCUCGGCUGCUCGGCGAGGGCUACGGCGACGAGAAGGUCCCCAUGUCCGUCGUGGUGCCGUCGGUGCCAGAUUACUCCCCGCUGCCGGCACCGACCGCUGUCGCUGUCGCCGCGCCCGCGCCUGCGCCCACGCCAACGCCGACGCCGACGCCGGUGCCCGGCUCGGAGGACUACAUGCCGAAGCUGCCGUCUGACAGGCUGAGCCCUGGGGCGCCGGCCAACGGCAAUGCGGGCUCGCCCGCGCCUGCCGCGUCGGGCGACGGGGCGAGCACCGCCUUCAUCAGCAGCAACCCCGCGGUGCCGCUCCCCGCCGGCGUCACCGACUCCGCCACCGUCCUGCCCAUGCCCACCCCUGGACAAGAACAACGGCAGGACAUGGGGAUGGGCACCCUGCUUCAGGCCAGCGCGGUGCCGCUGGUCGCUCCUCUCCUCAUGGUGCUGUACUUUUGAGCUUUCUUGUUGGGGUAGUAGAGCAGUACGUAGUUCCUUUCUCUUAGGACUGAUGCAUCGAGUGAUUAGUUGUCAGCAUCUGCGCUUGUAAUCAGCACACCGCGGUGCUUUCGUCUAGGCUGUUGUAUGCUCUAAUCAUCUGUAUACAGUAUCACCUCUGCUUCUUGUCUCUUGUCACACA